CCCUUCGUCAGCUAAUAUAAAAGACGCGGACACUCCAGCUACAGCAUCAGUUACUUCUUACUCUUGGUCGUUGGAUCCCGUUAACGUAUCAAUAUGAAGGUCGCUAUAAUUUUUCUGGCCAUUGUCGCAGUGGCUUUGGCAGCAACUACCCCGUAUACCAAUAAAUUCGAUGAUGUUGACGUUGAUGGUAUUUUAGGCAGUGAUCGUUUGUUAAAGGCUUACGUUAAUUGUUUGUUAGAAAAAGGACCUUGUACAGCUGAAGGAGCCAAAUUAAAAGAGAUUUUACCUGAUGCUCUUGCCACUAGUUGUGAAAGCUGCACUGAAAAACAAAAAACUAAAAGUGAAAAAGUUAUUCGACACUUGGUCAAUAACAAAAAAGACUUAUGGGACAAAUUAGCUGUCAAAUACGACCCCAACAAUGAGUACCGUAAGAAAUACGAAGAUCAAGCUAAAGCUAAAGGAAUUAAUGUUUAAAUAUUAAACAUUAACUAAUAAUAAAUAUAUAUAAAAAAAAAAAUGAUUCUCAUUUGUAAGUCUUAACACAAUUUACUGUUCUGCUAUAAAAUGUAAUAAAUGCACUACACUUAUUAUUAGUUGCCAUUAUGUGAUUACAGUGUACUUAUUGUUUGUUGAAAUGUAUUAAAAAAAAUUAUUGUUAAUAA